AUGUAUGUGAUGUCAAGAGACCGAGAAAGAGCUGAGAAAAACAAGAACCAGGGACAAACGUCCCUGCCAAUCGGCGCACUGAAAGAUUAUUAUCACUUUUACCAUAGCAGGACAAUUAAAAGGUCUGUUCUCUCAAGUCGAGGAACCCACAGCUUCAUUUCGAUGGAACCAAAGGUGGAGUGGAUUCAGCAACAAGUGGUUAAAAAAAGGAUAAAGAGGGACUUUGAACUCACUGGUGCCCAGUCUACUUACUUCAAUGAUCCCAAGUGGCCAAGUAUGUGGUAUAUGCACUGCAGUGAUAACACUCACCCCUGUCAGUCAGAUAUGAAUAUUGAAGGGGCUUGGAAGAGAGGUUACACUGGAAGAGAUGUUGUGGUCACUAUCUUGGAUGACGGCAUCGAAAGGACUCAUCCAGAUCUGGUGAAAAACUACGAUUCUCAGGCAAGUUUCGAUGUGAAUGGGAAUGAUUUCGACCCAAUGCCUCGCUAUGAUGCCAGCAAUGAGAACAAACAUGGGACCCGUUGUGCUGGAGAAGUGGCAGCUGCAGCAAACAACUCUCACUGCACAGUGGGGAUCGCAUUCAACGCCAAGAUUGGAGGAGUGCGAAUGCUAGAUGGAGAUGUAACAGAUAUGGUUGAAGCAAAGUCAGUUGGCUUCAAUCCCCAAUAUGUGGCCAUCUACAGUGCUAGUUGGGGUCCAGAUGAUGAUGGCAAAACAGUAGAUGGACCUGCUCCUCUAACUCGGCAAGCCUUUGAAACUGGUGUAAGACUGGGACGAAGAGGCCUCGGCUCUGUUUUUGUCUGGGCAUCUGGAAAUGGUGGAAGAAGCAAAGACCACUGCUCGUGUGAUGGAUACACCAAUAGCAUCUACACUAUCUCAAUAAGUAGUACUGCUGAAAGUGGGAAGAAACCCUGGUAUCUGGAAGAGUGUUCGUCUACAUUGGCCACAACAUAUAGCAGUGGAGAAUCCUAUGAUAAAAAAAUCAUCACCACAGAUCUGAGGCAGCGUUGCACAGACAACCAUACAGGAACAUCAGCCUCAGCCCCCAUGGCUGCUGGCAUCAUCGCUCUGGCCCUGGAAGCCAAUCCGUUUCUGACCUGGAGAGAUGUGCAGCAUGUUAUUGUAAGGACUUCCCGUGCAGGACAUUUGAGCGCUAAUGACUGGAAAACCAAUGCUGCUGGUUUUAAGGUGAGUCAUCUCUAUGGAUUCGGGCUGAUGGAUGCAGAAGCCAUGGUGAUGGAAGCUGAAAAGUGGACCACUGUACCCCAGCAGCACGUGUGUGUAGAGAGCACUGACCGACAAAUCAAAACCAUUCGACCCAGCAGUGCUGUCCGCUCCAUUUACAAAGCUUCAGGUUGCUCCGACAACCCCCAUCACCAUGUGAACUAUCUGGAGCAUGUGGUUGUACGCAUCACCAUCACCCACCCUCGAAGGGGAGAUCUGGCCAUCUACCUGACCUCACCUUCAGGAACCAGGUCCCAGCUAUUAGCCAACAGGCUAUUUGAUCAUUCUAUGGAAGGAUUCAAAAACUGGGAGUUUAUGACUAUCCAUUGCUGGGGUGAAAAAGCAGCAGGUGACUGGGUGCUGGAAGUUUAUGAUACCCCAUCUCAGCUGAGGAACUUCAAGACCCCAGGCAAAUUGAAAGAAUGGUCUUUGGUCCUCUAUGGAACAUCCAUUCAGCCUUACUCUCCAACAAAUGACUUUCCCCGAGUGGAACGCGUACGCUCUAGUCGAGUGGAGGAACCUACAGAAGACUAUGUUACAGAUGAUUAUGCAGGGCCUUGUGACCCUGAGUGUAGUAAAGUAGGAUGUGAUGGGCCAGGACCAGACCACUGUAAUGACUGUCUGCACUAUUACUACAAACUGAAAAACAAUACGAGAAUCUGUGUUUCAAGCUGUCCCCCGGGUCACUACCACGCAGACAAGAAACGCUGUAGGAAAUGUGCCCCAAGUUGUGAAUCUUGUAUGGGAAGCCAUAGUAACCAAUGUCUGUCUUGCAAAUAUGGCUACUUCCUUAAUGAAGAAACCAAUGCUUGUGUUACCACCUGCCCAGAUGGAUUUUACCAGGAUAUGAACAAAAACCUUUGUCGGAAAUGCAGUGAAAACUGUAAGACCUGUACUGAUUCUCAGAACUGCACUGAAUGCAGGCAUGGCUUAAGCCUACAUGGAUCCAGAUGUACUGUCACCUGUGAAGAUGGAAAAUACUACAGUGGAAAGGACUGUGAGCCAUGUCAUCGCUUCUGUGCUACCUGUGCAGGGGCAGGAGCCGAUACAUGCAUUACCUGCAGUGAGGGCUACUUCAUGGAGGAUGGGAAGUGUGUGCAGAGCUGCAGUAAUAGUUAUUAUUUUGACCAUUCCUUAGAGAGUGGCUACAAAACCUGCAAAAGAUGUGCUGCCAGCUGUCUGGCCUGCAGUGGUCCCGGAGACAGAAACUGUACCAGUUGCCCUAGUAAUUAUCUCUUAGAUACAGGGGCCUGCAUCCUUGGAGCAAUCUGUAAGGAUGGGGAGUACAUUGAUGACUUGGGCCACUGCCUCCGCUGUGAAGCCUCUUGUUCCACAUGCCGGGGUCCAACUCAAGAGAACUGCACUAGCUGCCCCAUGACAAGGUUUUUGGACAAUGGCCACUGUGUCCUGACCUGUCCCUCAGGGAAAUUUGAAUUUCAGAGCCAAUGCCAUCCAUGUCACCACUCUUGCCAAGAAUGCCAAGGAAGUGAGCCCUCCAACUGUACCUCUUGUGGCACAGACAAGCUUGGAAAGGAACGCUUCCUGUACAUGGGUGAGUGUCGAGAAGGCUGCCCCAGUGGAUACCACCAUUCUGACAAUACCUGCCUGCCCUGCCCUGAGAACUGUGCACUCUGCAGUAGCUCCUCUUACUGUAUUCGAUGUGUACAAGGAUACUACAUCUUACCCAUGAACAACACCUGCCAGAAGUUAGAAUGCAGAGAAGGGGAAGUGAAAGAUCCAGACUAUGAAGACUGCAUGCCUUGUGAAGAAGGAUGUCUGGGCUGCAGCUUGGAUAAUCCAGGAACCUGCACAUCCUGCGCUCCAGGGUAUUACAUGUUCAAGCAACACUGCUAUAAAACUUGUCCUGAGAAGACCUACAGUGAAGACUUUGAAUGUAAAGAGUGUGAUGAAAAUUGUGGGAACUGUGACCAGAAUGAGUGCUACUGGUGUGAAGAGGGUUUUUAUCUUUUCGGUGGCAUUUGUGUCAGAGAGUGUGACCCUGGUUUGUACAGUGACAAUGAAAUAGGAGAAUGUGAGCCGUGUCACCGAACCUGCAAAACCUGCACUGGACUUGGCCAUGAUGAGUGUACCAGCUGCAAAGGAGAUUUACAGCUGGUAGAUGGGAAGUGUGUGGAUCCAUCCAAGACCGCAGGACAGGACACAUUGUGGAGCGGUAACUGGAGAAAACAUCAAUCUUGUGAUCCUUCUUGUAAAACCUGUAAUGAAUCAGCCACUCAGUGCACUUCCUGUCAGAAAGGAACCUAUCUUUUCUCUCAGUCCUGCGUCCCUUCCUGUCCCCAUGGAACCUGGCCCUCAGUGACAAGUGGGAGAUGUGAGAAAUGCACAGAGGACUGUGAGUACUGCUCUGCCAGGAAUAUCUGCCAGAAGUGUCUGUCUCAACCAGCCCACCCACUCUACCUGCACCUUGGCAGGUGCUACACACACUGCCCUGAGAGGUUUUAUGCAGAAAAUGGAACUUGCAAAGCCUGUAACUUAACUUGCAAAACAUGUGAGGGAAAUGCCACCAAUUGCCACUCAUGUGAAAGAAAUUUGGUCUUGACCCAGGGCACGUGCCAGGAAUCCUGCCCCGAGAGGCACGUUGCUGUGGAUGGAAUAUGUAGGCGCUGUCCGGAGAUGUGUCAAGAGUGUAUGCAUGAAAAAACAUGUAAAGAAUGCAUUCCUCCUUUCCUCUUGCAUGAUGAAAUAUGUGUCCAGAACUGCCCCCCUGGCUUCUAUGAGGAUUUCUACAGAUGUUCCCCUUGCAGUGAGAGCUGUGUGGCAUGCAAUGGCCCUGACGAUGAUGACUGUAUACUCUGCCCCGAUUCCUUGGUCCACUAUUAUGGUCAAUGUCUGGAUGAAUGUCCACAUGGGACUUACUAUGAAAAGGCUUCAAAGGACUGCAAAGAAUGCCCUGAGACCUGUAAAACUUGCACUUCUUGGGGAUGCACUUCCUGUAAAGAAGGCAUGAAGCCGACUUGGCUGGGAUCUUGUGUUGUUCACAAAGACUGCAGCCCUUCUGAAUACAAGGAUGAGAAGACUCAAACCUGUAAACCUUGUCACAUGAAAUGCUUUCACUGUACUGGACCUGCUGAAAAUGAGUGCCUCAGCUGCCCCAGUGAUGGUCUUCUUCUCAAUUCAACUUGCAUUGAAAAGUGUCCUGAUGGCUACUUUACAGAUACAGAGAAUCAACAGUGUUCUCCCUGUCAUAGCUCUUGUGAGACGUGUGAAGGGAAGCAUAGCACCCAAUGUCAAUCCUGCCGCCCAGGCUGGUUCCAGCAGGAAAACAAAUGUCUGCUGGAAUGUGAGGAAGGAUAUUAUGCAGAAAAUUCCACUGGACUAUGUGAAAAGUGCAAUCAGGACUGCAGGAAGUGUUGGGGCCCUCACUCAACAAACUGUUUGUCUUGCCAUAAGUAUUUCUUCCUCCUCCACUCUAAAGGAGAAUGUCAUCGCAGCUGUCCUGAACACUACUACAUGGAAAACAAGACACAAACCUGUGAGAGAUGUCACCCAACCUGUAAUGAGUGCAAAGGAAAGGGAGCCUUGAACUGCUUAUCCUGCAUGUGGAGUUACCAUCUCUUAGGAGGAAUCUGCAGCUCUGAUUGUCUUGCUGGAGAAUACAGAGUUGGAGAGGGAGAAAAUUUUCAAUGUGACAAAUGCCAUGAGAGCUGUAUUGAGUGUAAGGGCCCAGGCCCUCAAAACUGCACUGUGUGCCCAGCUAAUAAGCUGCUAUAUAUAGAUGGUGGCCGUUGUAUCCACUGCUGUAACAGCUCAGAUUCCAGUGAAGACCUGGAUUGCUGUGACUGCCAAGAGAACACAGAGGAGUGCAGCUUUCGACAUAGUGAGAUUAUGCCCAAGACUGAGAAGACAAAGCGGACAGGACUGCUCAUCACUUCUUCCAUCAUGCUGGUCCUCCUUUUUGGGGUCACAGUCUAUGUCUGGAAGAGGUCCCGGGCCAAAUCUCAAAAGGCACAGAAGGCUGGAUAUGAGAAACUGUCUGACCAAAACAAGACUUUCUCCUCCUAUAAAAGUAGCUAUCGAGAGACCACUAAUUUCCAGGAGGACCAAGUUAUUGAAUACAGAGACCGGGACUAUGAUGAAGAUGAAGAUGAUGAUAUUGUCUACAUGGGUCAGGAUGGCACAGUUUAUCGGAAAUUUAAGUAUGGUCUUCUGGAUGAUGAUGAUGAAGAGGAGUUGGAAUAUGAUGAUGAAAGCUACUCAUUUAAGUAA